AUGAGAUCUUCAAGCAUCCUCGUCCUCGGUUUGGCCGCAAACACCUUUGCCUACGCGCCACAACAAGUCCUCAGCUCGCUCGGCCUUUCCGGGAGCUCUUACCAGUGCGACAACGGUGCGAAGCCGUCAGUCGUCUGUAAUGACGCAUCUGACAAACACAACUGCUCUUGCACUUGUACCAACGGCAUCAAGUUUGACCAGCCUCUCGAUCCUUUCUCCUCCGCAACCAAUGGAGGCAGCAGCCAAGUUGCCGACAAUGCUGUAUGCCAGGCCGACAAAGACCGUCUGGCGGCCAGGAUCACAGAUCUCACAAAAGGCCAACAAGAUUUGCUUGAUCAAAUCAGUACCUACCAGAACACCUACCAUUACCAGGGUUGCUUCACCGACGCCGACCCCCAUGCCAUAGAUACUGUUAUCACAACGGAUAUGCAGCUCACGGUGGAGAAAUGCCAGACUACAUGCCAGGCAUACAGGUACUUUGGUAUCAACAACGGCCAUCAUUGCCAUUGUGGGAGCAAAUUCACAAACCCAACGAAGGAGAUUAACGAGGCUGAUUGUAACGUCCCUUGCGAUGGUAACAAAUCGCAGACGAGAUGUGGAGGAGCUUGGAAGCUAUCAGUCUAUGCGAAGCCAAUUGCGAACAUUGUUUGA